AUGAAGGAAAAAGAGCCUACCAUUAAACUCAUCCAAGAUAUCAAAGAAGGGUUGGAAAGAAUCAAGGUCUUUCUUGACCAAUCCCUUAAAUGGGUCGAUGACUAUCUCAACAAGUCCGUCGUUUCUCAUUAUGCAAUCACCACUAGUGAACUAAAGGCCCCAACAACAGAUUUCUUGGGCAUUGUAGCACACUUUUUCAAGGAAGAGCUCCCAGGCCUUUACAAGGUCGUUGAUCAAAUUCGGGAUUUGAUGACUUGUUACGAGCAUACCUUUGAAGUCUUCGUCGGUGAGGCUGAAACCAUUUUGUCCUUGCAAGGUUUGACCAACAUGGCCCAAUCUUUACAAAGAGCCCAUGAAGAAGCCGCGAACGGCUAUACUGCCAUUUGCCACAAGGCAAAAGAGCUUAUGGACAAGUACGAGGCGGCCUCUCGUGGGUAUACUGCCACCCAUAAACUAUUCAAACUUGCUUCUUUUGGGCUAACCAUCUGUUCCUGUGCGACCGUACUUCGUUUGGCUUUGCCCGAACGUGCGGCUAACAUGCUUAUUGGUUCUACUGUAGUGCUAUCCGCUGGCGUCGGGAGGCAAUUCUGUGAGUUGAAAGCCGAGGUUUGCCAGACCAAGGCUACGGCCUAUGACCAGGAAGUCACCAAAUUGCAGAAACUGAUAGACAACAACAAGGAGUUCGAAAAACCUAUUAGUGCAAUUAGCGAGGAGUCCGAUGCUUGUAUGGUGUCGCUAGCGGAGUUGAGGCACCUCAGUAAACCGCUAAUUGGCGAAAAGUAUGAAGAGGGUGACAAGAAAGAAGAAUACGAGGCUGCGAAAAGCAAGGCAAAGGCGAUAAAACAACUCUGUGAUAGCAUAAGGUGUCAUCCGUAUCAGAUUUCCAAGCUUAAAAUGACAGCUGAGUUUAAGAUGAAGCAAAUAGCCGAAGCAGCCUCUGUUGCUAUUUGA